AUGGUAUCUAAAGCUGUAGAAACAUCGUCUUCAUCGCCCGAGCGACUCAUCGUGCUCUGCGAUGGCACUUGGUGCGGUCCUGAGCAUGGCACGCGGACUAACAUACAGCUCCUUGCCGAGAUGAUCGGUAUCGAUAUGGAUACUGGAAGUAGCUCACGAGAGAUUAUAGAUCCUUCACGUCGUCUCAGAGCAAAGUACUUCAAUGGUAUCGAUUGCAAUUACCUGACUUAUUGCAUAGGUGCACGAGCAGACAACAUCAAGCAACUCUGUCUCGAGAUAUAUCAUUAUAUCGCGAGAUGGUAUCGAUCAGGAACAGAAGUAUGGCUAUUCGGUCAAGGUCGAGGAGCUUAUACUUUGCGUCUCGUCGUUGGCAUCAUCAACAAUUGUGGCAUCGUCAAGGACCCCAACCAUCAAUUAUGCGAACUGGUCUAUCAGACUUAUGCAUCACCUCGCAAAAACGACAGACCCUCCUCAGCCCAGUGUCGAGACUUCCGCAAAAGAGCUAGCUGGGAUGUGGCUACGCCUAUCAAAGUCAUGAUUCUUCUGGAUACCAUCGGCAGCUCCAAGCAGGAUUGUGGUGACACUUCAGCGGACACUACCUGGCCAAGACUCCAUGACGAAGUCGUACCGAGCGUCGUGCAGAGCCUGUUCCAUGCUUGCUCCAUACAUGACCGCCUCUCCUUUCUCCAGCCAUGUCCCGUGACCAAGGGACGUCACGCACUGCUACCUGAGAUACACGAAGCAUGGUUCCCAGGCUGUCACUACGACAUCGGAAGACAACGCUGUCAAUUCUUCCCGAGAAGCUGGCUGUAUCUGGUUCCGCGACUUCUCAGCGGAACACUGGAACCGAACCAUGUGCUCAGCAACGUGGUCUUGUGCUGGGUCCUCCAAUCUAUCGCUAAAGUAUUCCCGUCUCAAUGUGUGUUUCAGGAUAUCCAUUGGCAGAUCUCUUUCCUAAAGAAGUCGAUCCGGACACCUACGACGAGUACUGGAUCUGGUGAUAUUUACGGAUCCUGUGAAGCGCUUCUGUAUGUACCUUUUGGUCGAGUCAUCACU